UAGGAACAAAUCUCAAUGGAUUCGCAAGAGACGACUAACAAUGCGGCUUUGGUUCGCGAUGCGAGCACGGUAAAGCAGAGUGCAACUCUAUCGCCAGGCUUACAAGCGAGAUCCCAAGUUACAUCCACUGGAUUUUCAAGACAGCCGCCAUACAAUGGCCCUAUAGGAGCUAAUCGUCCUGCAGGACAACAACCUAUUCACGGUUUAGAAAGUCACUCGUCCAUAGGCCUAUCUAGAACAAGCCAAGUUGUGCAACUUCGACCGCACGGGCUUUCACCGAGGCCUCCACCUGGAAACCAAGUCUAUCCUCCUGGAAAUCCAGUGAAUCCGCCAGUCCAUUCUCCCAAACAAAUUCAAACCAGGCAAAGUCCAAUAGAAAUUUCUCAAAAUCUAAGAUUCGGAUCAGCUGUCGUCAGGUUUGCGUCAAAUUCAUCGAGCGGAGGAUCGCAACCGAUAGGACCCAGACCAAAUUAUCAGAUACAACAAACGAAUAAAAGUAACGUCAUUGAGCGGAGAACGGAGCAAAGAAUUUUGGAUUUGUCUGCGCCAGCAUCUACAAGUCAACUUCAAGGUAAAAGCUCGAAUUCACCGGGACCAGUACGAAACUCGUUGCCCCAAAGACCAAGGAAUGAUACGUUUUCCUUAAAUACAGGAAAAACAAGUCAAUUUCCCAAUAAAGAGAACAAGCAAUCUCUACGUCCUCGCAUAAUUAUUGACAAAAUGCCGGACUUGGACGAGGAAAAGACCGAACUUGUCCGUGAGAAUUCGGUUCAGAAGAGGAAGGCUGACAUUCGCAGUGGCGGCGAGAACGAUGACGACGAUGACGACGUUGUGAUGGAUAAUGAAAAGACUCCGAGGCAAAAUGGCAAUGCGAUUUCUGAUAGCGAGAAGUCACCAAGGUCGGUUGACCUUGCUUUAGCUUCGAAUAAAGAGAAAUCGCCACAGAGAAAUGGCAACGUUGAUCGUAACAAGGAACUCCCAUCUGGUUUAUCCAUAGCGUCGGAAAUGCAAGGGAGAAGUGAGGAUACCGGUAAGUCGGUAACUCGGCCAGGAACAGCUACGAUCGAGGCCAAGUCGGAAAGAAAAUCUUUCGAACAAAUGAUCGUACCUAAAAACGACAGCGAGCAGUCGGAAAAAGAAACUCCGUUGGUCAAGUUGGAGGAUAAAACGACGAUUAAAAAUGAUUCUAUCGACGAUAAAUCUGUUUUCGCUAAAAAUGAGAAAAUUGUUGACAUUAAAGAGAAAGGAAAGUAUGAGAAUGAAUCUUCCAAUGAGUCUUCUGCAUCAAGAAAAAUAGAAUGCAAAAUUGAGGAGACGAAAAAUGAACAUUCGUUGAUUGAGGAAGUAAAAGCUAAUGAAAAUAAGCAUGAUAAAAUGGAAGACGAAUCGAAGGGAAAGAAAAUUGAGAAGGAUGAAGUCAAUCAAGUAUUUACGAAAGAUGAUUCCGAAAAGUGUCAUCCCACUAGUCCCUCAUUGAACGCCGUACAUUCUUCGGUCAGUCAGAAUGAUAAGAAUGAUUCUACCAUGAGCAACGACAAAACUGAAGAAGGCAAAUGUGAAGAAAAGGCAAUAUGCCCGUCAAACGAUUCAAUUUCACAGAAUUUAGAUGGAAUACCUAGAACAUCCUCAAAGUCACCAUCGCCGGAUAUUAUAAAAGAGAAGAAGCGGCAAACGCCUCCGAUACAAAGUCCAUCGAAAAUUCUAACCCCAGCUGAUCCUGAAGAAGCAUCGAAAAUAUCGUCAAAGUCUCCAUCACCGUCGGACGUCAUUAGAGACGACAAACUUCGACAGCCUAUAAACGAUCCAUCCAUUCGAUCUAUCGAACAAGGACCGAAAACUCCAGGAGGGAAGUCCCAGCCUAUCUCUAUUCCUCCCUCUCUCUCUCCCACGCCCUCGCCCUCUCCCUCGCCCUCGCCCUCGCCCUCGCCCUCGCCCUCGCCCGAUGUCGUAAUGGAAGAUAAAAGAAAAUUAACUGCGAGUCCAUCGAAUAAUUUAACGAUGCAAAGCCUGGAGCAAGACUCGAAGACUCCGUCGAAAUCCUCCGAUAUCUCUAGAGCAUCUACGCCGACGGUCGUAGACGCACAGACAGAAAAUAAGACAGAAAGUAUAAGUCCAGAGAGAUCAAGUAGACCUACGUCAGCUCUUUCGAAAGAUUCUACUUUAGAGAAACAGCCGACCGCAAUAUCGUCGACAUCCCAUUCCUUUGCCCAUGACAAGUUGCCCGUACCAGAAUCCUUACCCACACCACCGAGGUCACCCCAGGAAGGUGUAAAAGGUUUCGAUAAUGGACAGAGAAGAUCUCUGUCCUCUCCUGGUUCACCGAAAUCACCAAAAUCGGCGAUCAGUAUGAAACCUAUCGAGGGCGAAAAGAAAAAAACCACAUUUGCUGAGGAUUCGAUCAUUAAGAAGGACGAAAACGUGGUGGAAAAGAGUGAGGCUUCCUCGCGAGAGACCUCGAAACCGACAACGCCUACUGGAAAGCCACGACGUGUAGAAACGCCCGUGAAAUUGCAGAACGAGAAAGAAAAUAAAGAGACUGAAAGUGACAGUAACGAUUUAAGCCAACAUAACGUUCCACCAACUACAAAUGGAGUAGCGGAUUCACCAACAAAGAAAUCACCAUCAAAGACCAAAGAGAGCGACAAGAGAUCAACAGCUGGAUCGCCGACGAAAUCACCUAGCAAGUCUGCCAAGUCAUUGCCAAGAACUCCAGAGACACCGUCGUCGACAGGAAGUCAAGAGAAAAAGAAAGUGCCAAUGAACAAAAUCCAAGUUGGUGCUGCACCGUCACCGAAUUUGAAGACGGUACGAUCGAAAAUCGGUUCACUAGAGAAUGCGAGUUACAAACCAGGUGGUGGAAAAGUUAAAAUAGAGAACAGGAAAUUAGACUUUAGCAAGGCACAACCUAAGAUUGCCGCGAAGAACGAUAAGUACACGCCAAGUGGUGGUGACAAAAAGAUAUCUCAAAUAAAGCUUCAAUGGAACGCGAAACCUAAAGUGGGUUCUUUGGAAAAUGCAACGUACAAGCCCGGUGGCGGUGAUAAAAAGAUUGAGACAGUGAAAUUGGAUUUUAAAGACAAAGCAAAGCCAAAAGUUGGCUCGAAAGAGAACGCCAAGCACGUUCCUGGUGGUGGAAGUGUCAAGUCAUCGGCGACGCCACCAAAGACACCGCAGGACGUUACGAAUAACGACAUACAAACGCAAAAGGUCGAUAUCAAAGCCGAGAGCAAGGUAGGCUCUCUGGAUAAUGUCAAGCAUAAGCCCGGUGGCGGAGACAAGAAGAUCUUCAACGACAAAGAUUAUCUCAGACAGACAGGCUCGAACGUCGAAAGUCUCUGCGGUAGCGGUUCGCAGAGCCCCAUACCCUCCGGCGCGAUCACCGACGGCAAGAACGGCCUGCCAACUUCGGACGAGAACCUCAACCAGGAAUGCUAGCUCUCACGAAAACUCGACCGAUAACUCUGCUCUUAAACUUCGUCACACUUUACGUAUAACUCACGUUUACCUUUUCCUUCAUCUACGAGAAUCCCAAAAAUACAUCCCUACUACAAGGGACUCUUUCAAGAGACGAUACUAAGCGUUUAGGGCACCAUUCUUAAUUAUCACAGCGGAAUCAUCAUUCGUACGAUGCUCGCGUGAAUAUCUUUUUCUGUACGGACUCGUCAUUGUCGAUUUUGCGAUAAACGAACAAUCGCCUCGUUUUGAUAGGAAUUUUUCGUUGAAAGCGACAUUUUUCUGACUCAAAUGUUUCACGGCAACGAUUGAGAUUAGUCCAGCAUUUUCUGUCUGCAUCUUUCGACCCCUCCCCCCCCCCCCCCCGCCGCUCUCUCUCUCUCUCUCUUUCUCUGUGGCGCACGCGCAUACACACACCGUAUAUGAUGAUAAACACUUGGGUGUAUUUAAACGUACAUAUAUAAUAUUUCUGUAUUGUAUGAAAUAUUACAUAAGCACGAUAAAUGACUUAUUUCUUAAUUCGACUAAUUUCUUAAUUUUUAUUAUUGCGACGUCAUUAUACAUAGUUCACCAGAAACUCUAUCGAUUUAUAUCUCCAAAAAAGAGUAUCCUGAAACAGUGAAAAUAUUCGCCAACGAAUAUUGAUUUAUCGAUCGUUAAACUCAAUGAUUUGGCGCCUCUAAGAUGAACUUGGAAAUAGAGAAAAUUCGAUCAAACUUGUUUUUAAUCAUUGAGAAUUGUUGUCUUAUUGGACAAAUAAGUUUUUAAAUGAGCGUCUAUCGAUUAUCAGACAAGACCAAUCGAAAGGAAUAUCAAAAAGGAAACUUGUCGCGUUUCAAAUUAGUACCCUUCCAAGAUGAAUUUACAUCUUUCCUUUUUUUCGCAUAAACUCAAGACUGUGCCAUUGAAUGAAAGAAAUCAGGGCAUCCUUCGCAACAUGUAAAUUGGCAAUGAAGUCUGCACGGUCAGCGUUCUAUGAUCGUUCAUAUACUUAGAAUAAAGAGAAUAGAGAAAGAGAGAAAGAUAGACGGAGAUACAAAAACGUCCGCAUUCCGUACGUAUGCCAUGUUUAUGACGUAACGUGCUUAAUUAACAUCUUUCUCGUCAUCGGUCACUUGGUUCCCUCCAUCGCGUCGUAUCGCAUUUUCGUAUCGAGAGUUCGAGUAUGCGUCAUAUCUUCUAUCACUAACAAGGGAGCCAUUAUAACGAGAAAAAGAACCAUUUUUUCCUUGUUUGUUUCCUUCUUUAAUCCAACAUCUCCAAUGGCUCUCUUGUAAAGGAAAAGAAAAAAAUACGAAUUAUGGUCGAUGUGCGAAGCAUAAAAAUUGUAUACGAAAAUGUUAAUGUCAUAAUUAACGUAGACCGUCGUAUCGUAUUUUUAAACGGAAGGAUCCGAAUCAAGGAUUGCAACUGGGCGAUUGAUUGACAUCGUAUAAUUCUUCCAAAUUUAAAAUACUUAUAGGCACAUAUAUCUUUCUUCUUUCUUUUUUCUAAUUUUCUAUGGUACGGCAUAGCGGAAAAAUUUUUCAUUAUGAUCGUGAGUGUGUAAGGUAAACGUUUCGUUUGAUCAUUGAUAUAACGAAGUUUAUUUGGUAGCUCGCUAAAAAAAAAAAAAAAAAAAAAAAAUAAAGGUAGCAGUAGAAGAGAGAUCAUUAGGGAUUAGAUUGAGCGAUUUAUGAUAUUAUUAUUCUCCGUAGAAUCCCCACGUUCCCCAUCGAUCGUCGAUUUUAUUCCGAAUUGGUCGAAUCAUUGAGAAACAAGACUAUAAUAUUCGCACGUAUCGGACAGACCGCUUUCAUCGAUUUCGAUAAAGUGAAAAGUGUCUGAUUUGAGUGAGUUCUGAGGUGAAGAAAAACGCGGCUUCAUAGCCGUGUAGUACGUGUACGAGGUAUAAUAUUGUAAACGAGGAGGAUUAAUUCUCGAUCGUUUAGUACAUCGAACUCGUUUCAGAUUGUAUCUAAAUGAUAUAGAGAGUACGAGAUAUUUGUAAUCGUUACUGUAGAUACGUAAACUAUAUUGCUAUUCGUUGCACUCACCAAUAUAACAAUAAAUCUAUCGCUAGAAAAUAAUACAAUUAUCUCGAUAAUUAAGAUUAAUCGUCAGAGUAUGCUAUUAUGGAGAAGGAACGGAAAGGAAAAGAAAAGGAGAUGAACGAAAGCAUCUUGUUUGUCGUCUUCACUUUUAGGACGUUUCAUGCAAUUUACACGUCGCUAGAAAAUACAUGUAUGUAAUAUUACACAUUAUAUUAUAUUGCCUCCAUACUGACUACUGUGUACCUCGAUUCGAUUAACAUCCGAAUAUUUCGCAAUAAUAAGGAAGAAAAGAAUAAAAUGAAAAAAAAAGAAAAAAAAAAAAAAAAGAAAAAAAAACAGAAAAAAAAAGAAAAAGCA